ACUGUGUGAAGGGAGGGGGGCGGCGGCAGAGGGUGCCGUUGUUCAGUCUGUCUCCAGUCUCUUUGUUUCAGACUCGUCUUUUGUUAGUCAUGCCGAGUUUGCUGGUUUUAGCAGGGAUCAUGAAGAAGAAUGGGGGCUACGGCGGGACUCUGGCCGGCUCUGGAUUUGGGACUGAGGGGCUGCUAGUGCCGCCGGACGAGGAGGAGGACUCCCGUGCCCUGAGGGUCGCGCUGGGCCAGCUGUCGCUCCUGGGGCUCGGGGACACCGACGACGGCGGCGGCGGAGGAGGAGGUCCGGGGGGAACCAGGGCACAGGACCGGACUAACAACAAUAACCACAAUAACAACCACCACACCGGCGGCGGAGGAGGAGGAGGAGGAGGAAACGGCUGCGGGGAAACCGGGCUUUUGUCAGGGAAGAGCAAGUUAUGCGCCCUGUACGAAGCAGGGUCCGGUGAAUGCAAAGGAAGGGGCUGCAACAUUACCGAGUGCGUCCCUGUGCCCAGUUCCGAACAUGUGGCCGAAAUAGUCGGCAGACAAGGUUGCAAGAUCAAAGCUCUCCGCGCCAAAACCAACACCUACAUCAAGACCCCGGUGCGUGGAGAGGAGCCUGUGUUUCUGAUCACCGGCAGGAAGGAGGAUGUGGCCCUGGCCAGGCGCGAGAUCAUCUCAGCGGCCGAGCACUUCUCCAUGCUGAGGGCCUCUCGCAAUAAGCUGGGGGUGAGCUUCGCUGGCUCCCCGCCCAGCAUGCCGGGCCAGACCACCAUCCAGGUGCGUGUGCCCUACAGGGUGGUGGGGCUGGUGGUGGGGCCCAAGGGAUCCACCAUCAAACGCAUCCAGCAGCAGACCUGCACCUACAUCGUGACCCCCAGCCGGGACCGUGACCCCGUCUUCGAGAUCACCGGCUCCCCAGGGAACGCGGAGCGCGCCAAGGAGGAGAUCGAAUCCCACAUCGCCUUCCGCACUGGGGGGCUCCACGAUCCCAACAACGAGAAUGACUGCCUGCUGGAGAACCGACUGCACCAAGUCUGGGGGCUCCAGGGAAACCGCAGCAGCUACCGACAAGACAGCGGCCUCCCCGACCCCCUGUACAGCGAGGACCCUGCCGAGCACGCCAGCGACAAGUCUUAUUACCCCUCCAGCGACUGCUGGGGAGACCCGGAGUACCCCAAAGCAGUGGCCUUCUACCCCCAGCAGCGCUCAAAGAGCUUCGGAGGCCUGCCCCUGGCCCUGGGUUUGCAGGAUCCGUGCGGCGCCGUUGGCACUCCCUCAGCGGGGCACGCCCAGGCCCGGCGGGCGCACAGCGAGCCCUUCCCCAGCCGGCUGGGUCCCUCCCCGGGCUUGCCGGUUCCGAGCUCCCCCCCCAGUGCGCGGGACUGCAUGACCUGCUUCGAGAGCAAGGUGACCGCGGCCCUGGUGCCCUGCGGGCACAACCUGUUCUGCAUGGAGUGCGCCAUCCGGAUCUGCGAGCUGGCACACCCCGAGUGCCCUGUGUGCCACACGCUGGUCACACAGGCCAUUCGGAUAUUCUCUUAAUUUUAUUUUUUAUUUGUUUUUUUAACCCGCAAAAAUAUUUUUUUAUUUCUUCUUUUUUUAUAUAUUUUGUACUUUUUUUUUUAAUAAUUACAGCUUUUUAAAAAAUCGGUUCAUUUUUUUUUUAAUACGCAGCACUUCUAAUGAUGAUGAUGAUUAUAAUUACUGUUAAUAUUCUGCUCUGUGAACAAACAGCGCAAUUGAUGUGAAAGCUGUUUUUCAGAGGGGGUGGCAGCAGUUCUUAUUUGAUAGCAGCUCUUCUUGCUCCUAUUAAAACCCUGACUCGAUCAAAGCACUCUGCAACAGUAGCAUCAGUCCCAGAUUGUAAAGUAGUCACCCCAGCCAAGGCGCCCAGGUCCUUCUCAUUUUCUUACACAGGGUACCGCUAGACUGGGCGUCUUGGGAGGGACUGACCAGGGACUUGACAGGAGCUCUUGCUAGCGUUUUCAAAUCCCUCUUUACUGACACCCCUGCAUGGUAUUGCAGUGAGAGCAGCGGGAGUUUCUUAUACUCCCCGUAACUUCAAAAGCUCCUCGAGAAGGUUUCGGCUCAGAUCUCCGUCGGUGUAAUCCACUGCUAACGAUGGUCUGCUUGGUGUCUUGGAGGAAAUGCAGCGGCUGUUCAAAACUAAAGCAAUUCCAAACCCAAAUCGAAUUAUUACAUUAUGAAUGUUUAAAACAGGUUUUAAAAUGUGAGCAAGAACAAAAAAUACCAUCUGAACACUCCGCACUGAGGCCAGCACUCCUAUCACUGAGUUUGUAAAACCUGCUGCCUUUAGAGAGAGAGAGAGAGAGAGUGUGUGUGUUUGAGUGCACGUGUGUGAGGGGAGGGGUGAUGGCACUAUUUUGGUGUGCAUUCUAUCUACGCUACCAUUCGAAGUGUCGACACACAGAGUACCAGAUUCAAGAAGCUCUAAUUCGUGAGGUAUUGUACGCUUUUACAGUCAGUUUUGAUGGAGUCUAGAUAAGUUUUCAGAAUAGCAAACUUCGUUAUCUUGAGUGGUUUUUUCUUACUUGUCAUUUUCUGUGUCUGGCAUCACAUCUAAUAGAGCUCCCUGUCAUCUGAACCCCAGUAGAGCUCUCGAAAUCAUGUCUGAAUUCACCAGAGUGCAACCGUUAACAUGAACCCCCUGUCGAAUGCAAGAAGUAUAACAUCUGUUCUAUGUGUUCCUGCAUCCACAGGGGACAGGUUAAUGCUUGCACUAGGGUGUAGCAGUUAGACAGGAUUCUGAGAGCUCUACUGAGGUCAGAGGGGUGCUUCUAGCUUUUUGAAAAAGUCAGGAUGUGAUGACUGAGGCAGGGAAUGAUACAAGGUGAAUCCAAAGAAGAAAAGGUAGUAUUUAAUUUCCAUUCUGAGUUCCUCUUGGAGAAGGGGGGCCGUUUUGUCCCAGUACAGUCACUCUGCCUUUUAGUGUCGUCGCUCCACCCCGCCCAUCACCAGCAUUCAAGUCAACAAAACGUACUUAGUUUUUAUUUUGCUGUGUUCGAACAAAAGAAAAACUGCCAUGAAUUUGGGGGAAUGUGUCAUUGAGCUAACUGUACAAAUCAGGCUCUUUAUGAAUUGUUUCUAAAAUAAAAUAACAGAAUUAUAAAGAAAAUGAAAGAUAAGCACCUUAUUACAAACAAAAAAAAUAUUACAAAUGUUGUUAUUAACCAAACCGACCACUGAUGGUGACUUCUGAGUCCACUUCAAGUGUUGAUAUAUUUGAAGUUGUCUCAAAUUCAGAUUUACUCAUAGCAAGAGCCUGGCGUUGUUCUAAACAACCUCUAACUCAGUAGUUGAAGAUGAUGUCCCUUCUAUACAAAUUACUCAUUUUCAAAUGAAAAAAAAAUAUAUAUAUAUUUAUUUUCCUUUAUCAGAGUUUCCCCCAAAAAAUAACUUUCACUCUGCAGACCUGAAUACAGAAAGAUAACUAAAGUAAACCAAUCUUGUGUUUUUCCAUUUUGAUUCCUUCUUGGACUACCUAAUCUAGCUAGAUCAGGCCAAGAGGUGUAUCCCUUUUUCAGUUCUUAACCCUAACCCUUUUACAGUUCCCUUUCUGUAAAGUGAAGGAUCAUUCAAAUGAUGGCACUUUUAUCUUUUGAAAGUUCCAAAUAACAAAAAAAAUAAACUGUGAUAAAGAUGUGUUUGGAACUUGGUGCAGUGUUAGCAUUAAAUAUAGUGGCGCCAUAACUCAGAUUGAAUUUAGGAAAUUGAUGCUGAAAGAGUUUGUAUGCUGUUAAAUUUGAGGGGAGGGGCCCGAGCAAAAGGGGGCGUGGUAAUGUCGUCCCCGCCCCCCCGUAAAAAAAAAUCAGGAAUUCCAUAGAUAGUGAAGUAAAAAGAGGGCACUCAUUGAACUCCAUUGCAUCUGUUGGAUAACACAAUUGCAUUGCAUGUUUCUAUUUGAAAAUCAGUCAUUUAAAAGGGGAGCUUUGUAGGUAGUUUCCACCUCACCACGUAAUAGGGGGAGGUAGGAAUAUACCAUCAUGUUGAACGCGGGGGUGUUUUAAAUGGAAUUGUCAGGCCGUGUUCACUCUUGUUCGUCCGGUUAGGGAGGAACAAAGAAGCUGGCUAGUUUUGUUACUGUGCCAGUUCCCACUAGUUUUAUUUUUAUAUUCAUCUUAACUUGCACAGAGCCGUUUUGCAAUAAAAUCAGAUUUUUACAACAGCCCGUAAAAUCUAUAAAAUAAAUGUAUCGACGCGCUCAAAACGUUCAUUAAGCCCUUAGAAAAUAAAGUAAUAGAUCGAAAACAUCCAUCAUUGAUUUGAUUCAUAAAAUAAAUACAUACAUUAAAAGCAAUAUAUUACAGCGACUUUUAAAAGUAAAAAUAAAUCUAUUUCUGUUUUCAAAGCACAUAAUAAUAAUAAUAAUAAUAAUAAUAAUAAUAAUAAUAUUUAAAAUAAUAAUAAGAAAGUGGGUCAAAUAGUUCCUUGUAAAAUAUCCUCAGUAUUCGGCUUUAUUGUUGUUUUUUUCCUGCAUAUUGUAGAAUUACAAAUCUAGUUUUACAUGCACAUAGGAAUGGCUGCAGAUUUGCGAUCUUAUUAAAGCUGUCGAUAUAAAACCGCCUUUGCUGUGCAAAUUAUUCCCCACCUUUUCCAGCGUGUGCGGCGCGAGCCUCACGGUGCAGUGCAGCUAAAGCGUUUCGGCCGCUCCUGACCCGAUAACUCGCUGCAUACACACAGCGCGGGACAGAACCCAAAUGCAGAACAGGGGAAGCCUUUUCAGGCUGCGCCGUGCCUGUUUCCAGACCGGCUUAAAACUCUAAAAUAAAGGAACACAAUAAAUAACACCAAUACAAAAUAAUAAACCAAAAUCCGUCGAGUUUUUCAAUGAGCUCCCGUCUUUCUGUGCGGUAGCUAUUCACAAUGUCUUUUUCGACCAGAGCUUCGUCCACACUCGGUACCGAAUGCAAACUGGGGCCAAUUUGGUAAAAUCUCGAACAGGAGACUCCGCCUGACGUCAUCUCUUGAAAAAAAAUCUAUUUCCAUACAGCUGUCGGUUUUAUUGUCGCAGCGUGCAGAAAGAAGCGAGGCAGGGCGUGAUGAACUGCAUUAGGAAAGGACGUUCCUCUUUACUCGUUUCUACAAACUCGUGUUUCUUUAACCAGUGUUGGGUACGUGAAUGAUACUCUGCUGAAAAAGGCUAUCUCGAGUGCGGUGCGUUAUUCAUUUUCAAUGCUAUAUAUAGUUGUAGCAGCGCUGAAAGUUUCGGCUUGCUACGAAUGAUUUUGUAGCUGUCGGUGUGCAAACGAAUGAUCAAAAGUCAACCAAACGUAUUUUAAGACGUAGCGUUUAUUAAAUGUUUAUUUCCAUCUGGUAAAAUGUGAAAAUGCUUUAUUAUUAUGGUUACCGGAAUAUCAUUAACGUUUAGAUAUAGUCAGCUUUAUCACAGUGUGUAUUUUAUGUAUGGUUGGUUUUGCAAACUUUACAAUAUUAGUUGCCAAAUGACAAAAAUAAAAGCAUUCAAUAAAAUAGUUAAACACACACACACACACACACCAAGGACUGAAAAGAGCCAAAGAUUUGGUAAAGACAUGAAAACUGUAAACAAACAAACAAGGUCAAUAGCUGGCAUAGUCAUGCAUGCAUACAGAGAACCAUUGAGUCCAUUAGAAACGUGCUGGUCUAAUAGAGAGAGAGCCAGGCCUGUGUGCUGUCCUGUACGCAGUGUACCAGCGCUGUAUAACCCCAGCGUGCCUCGGAGACACAACUUACAGACUUGUUAAGCAAGCUAAUGCAAAAAAAAAAAAAAAAUCUACUAAUAAAACCUGUGACUCUCAAAGAUCUUAAACAUGCAUGUGCAUAUCUUUCAUUGAACUGAGCCCAUCAUUUUCAUAUUGGGCAGUAAACAGCCAAACUUGGCACCAGUGCACCAACCAUUAAAAUGUGACCCAUACCGGACAAACCAAUACAUCACCCAGUUAUGGUGGUUAAUAUUCCAUUAUUGUAAUAAUCAACCACCUAGUUCUGUAGCAUAUGAUUCCAUAGAGGGGGAGGGUGGGCUGCAUUUAUAUAAAUGUCAUUUAAGGGCUAGCCUAUAUUCUUAACUAAAAUAAUUAAGAAAAAAAACUUAUUUAUUGUAAUCCUCUACUCGCAGUGAAGCCAUUUUAAAAUGUUAUUUCACACAGAAGCUUGUAUUAAGAGUUUAUCACAUGUAGAAUAGGCUAUGGGGUUGGUGCAACAUGCUGAAGACCGUUGUGGCUUUAUCAAGCACUUGUUAAAUCUGCAACCAGCUUGCUUAUGGGAUCAAUCGAGGGUGUUAAAGAUCUUGAGAGACUUCUGGUGAAAUGAUUGUCAUUGGACUGCUGAAGUUUCUUUUAGUGUUUCUAAAUGGAGUGUUUAGUAGUUAAGGACGAGGCGUUUAAACCGCUGAUAGAGUUAGAGAAGGAUCUAUAGAAGAUAUUAAGGCAAACCAGCUCUAGUUUUAACUAUUUUUGGCGGUUUCACUGCAGUUUUGGGUUCAUCUGAUUUUCAGUAUGUUGCAUUUAUAGAAAGCAACUUAAGAGGAACAUUUUCUAAUUACAGUUUUUAAAUUCUAUUUUGCUAACAUGGGUUAUUUCAUAUGAAGAAACAGUCAAUGUUAUUUAUGAAAAAUUAAAAUAUUUUAUUUAUGAGCAGUAACUGCUUGAGCCAUUUGUUUUUUAAUUAAAAGAUGACAAUGAAACGUUAAUAUAUUUCUAACAAAGGAUGCAGGUUUUUAGUAAAAGUUCUGUUUACAAACAUUGAAAGAAAGAAUCGAAACAGACCCUUUAUUUCUUCCUUGUGAAAGGGGGAGCGUGGUGGUGUUUUUAACCGGUGGUGAGAUCAGGUCCUGUGGGAGCGGGGUUCUGCUGAAUCGGGAGGGAGUUACAGCCUUAUCAUAGAACAAUACGAAGAAACACGAGCUGUCCCGUCCAGUCCGAAGCAGCUCAAAAUAUCAAUAAUAAUAAUAUUGGUUGAAAAGAUUGCGCUUUCGGGUUUUACUGAAUAUGCAAUUUAUCGCAAUAGGAUUUCUACACACAGCGCUGUAUUUUGUCAUUUCUUAUCGACCUAUAACCAAGAACAUGUAUUUUGGGAGGCUGUAAAAAAAAAGUCUUGGGCCCAACUUAACAAAUAUGGUUGACAUUUCUUUCAAACUUUCUUCGUAGAAAGAAAAAGUAAAUGCAACUUCUGCCUAAACAAUACAGGGAUCCAAUAGGAACCCUACCGGCCUCACUGCGGCACUGUGUGGUUACACACACGCACACACCUUUCAAAACAAAUGGCCCUAUUGGAGCCAAUCCUGAUUAGCUGUUGACCAAGAAGGAAUACAUUGAUGCGCCUUAUAUACCACAGCGCCCCCUGUGGUCGGUGUAGAACAGUACCCGCUGUGCAGUUGUGGGUAUGUUAUAUUUAAAAAAAUGAAUGAGCAAGCUAACUAUUUCUAUUAAAUAACUUGAGUAUUGAUUUUUGGAUGUGUACACCCCUUCAGAGAACCAAAAAAAAAAAAAUACUGUAUUUAUCUAUAAAUAAAUUUUAACUCUUUAAAAGGUCAAUAUUUGUUAAAGAAAGAAAGCUAUUUCCUAAAGCAGAUUGUAAUCUUGUAUUCCCCUUUCCCAGGUGUUUUUAAUUUUCAUUACUAUAUUAUCUUUAAUACUUGCGCUCCAAGCCAAUAACGCAUCCGUUGGUUCAUUUAUAUAUUAAAAGCAGUGUGUGUAUAAUAUAGGUCUGGUUACGUGUAUAUACACACACAGCGUACCAUGCAAAAACAUACAUCUACUACAUCUGGAACUAUUUACCUAGGAUCUAUUGAAAUUCAAAAACAUGUGCCGGAAUAAAUUGUGUAAAUUUAUGUGUAAAUUCUUUCAGUGCGUUAAAAUGACCUUAUCUUUACAAUGUAGUUUUUUCCAGACUUUGAUACACACACUAUGUAAGAGAUGUAUGAUGAAAUUCACAGACCCGCACAUGCUUCAUGUUUCAAUCCCGUCUCUUUCAAAUCCAGUGAAGUGAAGCGGGACCAUCAGAUUUUACCCGAAGUUCCUCUACUGUGGACACCGGGCUUGUUCUAGAUUCUCAUUGCGGGCGGCCGCUGGGGGCCGGAAGAGGAAAGCCAGGAUUUGAGAAACCGGGAGAGUGCGGUGCUAGUCAUGCCUCAGGUCGGGCAGGGAAAGGAGGCCAGCUACCUGCGCUGAAAGAGGCUGUCAGCAUCUCACGCUGUUCAGCUUACCAGCCCUGCUGGAAAUGUGAGCAACUUUUUAUACAGGUUCAAGAAAACCAGGAUGAAGGGCUGAAUGAAAAGCUGGUUUUCAAAGUUUUCAAAUUCAAUAGAUUGGAUAUUUAAGCAUUGGAAAAUCUUUAUUUUGGUAUAGCGCCGCACCGCUCUCCCCACGGCCCCGGUUUCUUAAAUCAUUGGGGUUCACUGCAGUCUGAAUGUCUUACUGUCUUGAUAGCUUAUUAACUCUACCAGCACUGUAGCGAGUUGCACACCAGUCUCAUAGUGGUUUUAGCACUAGUUCAGUCAGUAUCAAAUAGAAUCACAUUCUUCAAUCCAGUCCGUUUGGAAAGAGACGAGGGGUGUAAUCCAUUAUAUGCCUUCGUGUUUUGUCUUCUUUGAACCUUGUACCAUGUUGUCAUGUUGACGCAAGCAUGCAACAUUACUCAUUUUAUAGCACAUGUAACCUGUGAUUGUUUUUUUAUAUACACACCGUAUUAUAAUUAUUACUAGUUUCUUGUAUUUUGUUUUUUUAAAAGAUUGUUUAAAAACGUAUUGUAAAUGUUUCUAAUAAAAAUGAAAGAGCCUUA